AUGACAGGGGGUCAAUAUUUGGGAUUUCUGCUGUACAGAAUCAACUUUGGGGAUGGAGACACAGAAACAGAAGUAUUCAGAAAAGACAAUUUCAGUUGCAAAGAGUGCAAAGGAGUCUGGCUUCAGAAGUACUGGUUCACCAAAUACAAAACACAGCAGUUAUUUAAAGAAAAGCAACUUCAAAAUCGUCACACUCACAGGGUUUACAUUAAUCUGCUGAUGAGGUGUACCAGUGACCGGACAGACAUCAUCUUUGAGGUAGGAGACGAGCAGCAGCUGAACUCGUGGAUGGCUGAGCUCCGCGAGGACACAGGCCAAGGGCUGGAGAACACAGAGCCCAGGAUGCACAGCCCCCCAGAGACUGGCCUGUCUAGCUCCCCCAGGGGAAGCACGGAGUCCCUGAACCAAGGUGCUUCUCCUGGGGGUCUGCUAGAUCCAGCCUGUCAAAAAACGGAUCGCUUCCUGUCUUGCUACCCCUGGUUCCAUGGCCCUAUCUCCCACGUGCAGGCAGCGCAGCUGGUUCAGCUCCAGGGCCCUAAUGCUCACGACGUGUUUCUGGUAUGGCAGAGUGAGACCCAGCGAGGGGAGUACGUGCUCACGUUCAACUUUCAAGACGUAGCUAAGCACCUGCGCCUGUCACUGACGGAGUGGGGCCAGUGUCGGGUUCAGCACCUGCACUUCCCCUCGGUCGUGGACAUGCUCCAUCACUUCCAGCGGUCGCCCAUCCCGCUCGAGUGUGGCGCUGCCUGUGAUGUCCGACUGUCCAGCUACGUGGUCGUACUCUCCCAGCCAUCAGGUCCCUCUGACACUGUCCUGUUUCCUUUCUCUCUCCCUCGCUGGGAUUCAGAGCUGGGCCUUCUGCACCUCAGCACUUCCAGCUGUCCACGGGGGCUUGGGGCGCAGGGCCCGCCAGGCCGGUCCUCCCCCCCAGAGCAGAUCUUCCACCUGGUGCCUUUGCCGGAGGAGCUGGCCAACAGCCUGUGGCACCUGGAGCCUGAGAGUCGAGCCCGGGACUCAGACUACAAAAUGGACUCCUCCUCGCGGAGCCACUUGAGGGCCAUCGACAAUCAGUACACACCUCUCUGACGGGAGCACAAGCAGAGAUGGGGACUCAUGAAUGUAAUUUUUUUUCCUUUCUUCCAGAGAGAGAUUUAAGGGACACUAGUAACUGCUUUUCCAGUUCUGCGGUGCCCCCUUCUAUUAGGCCUGUUAAAGGGCCUCCUUCACCUGGCCUUCUCAUUGUUUACAGAUGGAGCUGC